AAUAUCUUGUGACCUGACUGGAAAAGAAAAAUCCGAAAAGAGAAGAAAAGGUUUAUAUUUGUGUAUCACUUAUAAAUCAGGGAUGUCCAACCGUUUUUAAUCUUAAACGGGAAGGGAAAAUGCUUCUUCCUCGGGAGAACAUUACCAGCCUUGUGCUCUGUUUCUAUGCUCUGCUACUGGUGGCUGCCCUCUUGUUCGUAACUGUCAAGAAACUACCGAAGAUUCGGGGCGAACCGAUGAGUGAUGCUCCUCCAGGUAGUUGUGGUUUGCCACUGCUCGGGGAGACCGUUCAGUUCAUGGCCGCUAUUCACAGGGGCAGAGGUUUCUAUGACUUUGUCCAGUCUCGCCGCUUGCGGUACGGCAACUGUUUCAAGACGAACAUAUUCGGGAUAACUCAGGUUUUCUUAUCAAGCACAGCUUCGGCAAAGAUGAUCCUAAACAAUGAAUCAGGGAAGUUCACUAAGAGAUACAUCAGAUCGAUCGCUGAGCUGGUAGGGGACCAUAGUAUACUCUGUGCAUCCCAACAGCAUCACAAGUUGCUCCGAACAUGUCUCGGCAAUCUAUUCUCCACUGCUUCCUUAUCCAAGUUUACCCGACAAUUUGACGAAUCAGUCGUUCAAUCGCUCGAAGGGUGGGGAGAUGGAGACAUCGUGAUCAUUCUCAAUGAAGCACUAGAGAUAACUUUUAAAGCCAUAUGCGGGAUUUUGAUCGGGCUAGAGGAUGGAGACGAGUUGAAGACGCUGCAGAAGGAUAUUGAUUGCAUAUGCAAGGCAAUGCUCGCAUUACCUCUGAGGUUACCGUGGACGAGAUUCCGUAGAGGUCUUCAGGCCAGAGAAAGAAUCAUGAGGACGUUGGAAACGAUCACUAGUGAAAGGAGACAUCGAGGGAUAUCUCAAGAUGAUUUUCUCCAGCACCUUCUAGCAUUGAUCGAAAAGGCAUACUGCGAUGUCGAUUUGCCUCGGCUAACCGAUGGGGAGAUCAAGGACAACAUAUUGACCAUGAUAAUUGCAGGACAAGACACGACAGCAAGCGCGAUAACUUGGAUGGUGAAAUACUUGGGCGAGAAUCAGAAAGCUCUAGAUAUUCUCCGUGCUGAACAACUCCAUUUCGCAAAAAGAAUCUCACCCGGGUCACGCCUCAGCCUAGAAGACCUCAGCCAGAUGCCAUAUGCUUCUAAGGUAGUUAAGGAAUCUCUUCGGAUGGCAUCCAUAGUGCCGUGGUUUCCGAGACUUGUGCUCCAGGAUUCCAAAAUCGAAGGAUACCAGCUUAAGCGAGGAUGGACAGUUAAUGUUGACGCCAGAUCAAUACAUUUGGAUCCCUCAGUACACACCAAUCCCCAUGAGUUCAACCCUUCUCGGUUCGACGAUGAGUCGAAACCAUACAGCUUCCUAGCUUUUGGGAUGGGAGCGAGAACAUGCCUGGGCACAAACAUGGCGAGGGCCAUGAUGCUCGUGUUUCUGCAUCGACUGGUCACCUCUUACGAGUGGGAGGUGAUGGACUCCGACUCGACUCUGGAGAAGUGGGCAAUGUUCUCGAGAUUGAAAAACGGCUGCCCGGUGAUGGUGAAACGUCUUGCGGAUCAUACAACUCCUGUAUAAGAAAAUUUUCUCAUAUUGCAUUAUUGAACUUUUGAUCUUUCCUCCAAUUGUGUGUGGAUUGUAAGUUCUGAUGAUAGUGUAAUAAUAAUAUAACAGAUUCAGUGAUAGAAAUGCUUGUUGUGGUCCUAGCAAA